AUGGCGGAUAUUAAACCCCCCUUCACCGCAGAGUCGGCCCGGCAAAAAGUCAAAGCUGCCCAAAACUUGUGGAACGCUCAGGAUCCCGCAAAAAUCUCCCUUGCAUACACCCCAGACACAGUCUGGCGGAACCGGGACCAGUUCGUCAAAGGCACCGACGAGGUCAAAGAGCUCCUGACCAAGAAAUGGCAAAAGGAAAAGUCGUACCGUCUGCGAAAGGAACUGUUCGCCUUCACCGACAACCGCAUUGCCGUGCAGUUCUGGUACGAGUACCAAGAUGCCUAUGACGAGAUGAAGUGGAAGCGCUGCUACGGACUGGAAGACUGGACAUUUGACUACGAGUCGGGAAAGAUGCGGAAGCGCCAGAUGUCUGGGAACGAUAUCCUCCUGGGGCCCAAUGGCAACGGACAAGGCCGGUGGUUUGUUGAGGAGACCGAUGUCGAAGAUGCAAUCAUCACCGAGGAGCACUGGUAG